AUGCCGGGUCGUGGGAGAGGUGUUAAGAGAAGGUCUACGACGGUGCCUAAGGAUCAAGGAAGACAGCGGGUUUGUUUGGAGGAAGAUGAGAGCGACAGAAGCACAGGUAGAGUUGAUUUUGAGGAGAUUAUAAGAGCAUCUCAAAUCAUACCUCCCGCUAGUCAAGAUAAAGGGUGUGGCGUGGUUAAUCCCCACGAUGGUUCUUCGUCUCAGUGUCAAGCAGGUGGUAAAAUGAAUUCCCCAGAUGGUUCUGCUUCGUCCGAGUUUAGAUUCGAACUUUUGAUGAGGUGUAAUAACGACGAUAUUUCGGCGCAUGUGCCAAUGUCGGUAAAGGAGCAAAUUUGCAGAGGGGAAUUUAUAAACCUAUCACUGCUACUUAGAGGGGGUAUUGAAAGCCCUACCGAUUUUGGUGCAUCUACUUUGCAUUUGUCGGCUGAUGGCCGAAUUGAAACAAGGCCUAAAGAAAAGGAGGUAAUUUCCUCUAUUGACAAAUGGACGGAUGCAUUUAUUAUUUAUUUAUCUAUUUAUUUGCGCAUUCAUGUAAGUGAAACAGCCGAACUGCUGCAAUAUAUGUUUAACAUACGUGAAGCAGCAUCUAAACAGGGUGGUUCUGCCUGGAAGUCGUAUGACGAGCAGUUCAGGCUCCGACAGGCAAACAACAAAACCAGUUGGGGUCAUAUUAACCAAGAUUUAUGGUGGCGUUGUAACCUUGGUAGGCAAAAUGCCAAUAAUAGUAUUAGUGCCCCACUUCAAUGUUUAGACUACAAUAAAGGGGUUUGCUUUCGUAGAACAUGUAAGUAUGCACACUCUUGCCGAACAUGUGGCAGUAACAGGCAUGGUGCUAUUUAUUGUAAUGCUAAUAAAAGCAAUUCUACAAAUACAAGCCAGGUGACUGACUCUUCUUCAAGAGUCAACUUACAAAAUCCUUUUCGAGGCCAACAACAACCAUUUGUUAGACAGCCAAAAGCUGUUCAACAGAUUCAGAGAAUUGGCGCCAGAGGCAGAUCUCGAACCUUGUCUAGUGCCAUCCCAUCUAUGGCAUGUCUGCAAUCUAGAUCAAGGCAGUUAUUAAAUGCUAGCCUAUCAGCAAAUACGUCCGCAACAUAUAGAACUGCCUUAUCGGCUUUUGAUAAAUUUAGGGCUAUUUAUAAGCUUACAAAUCAAUUGAUGAUUAGGGAAACUGAAGUAGUGUUAUUUAUCACUUAUUGCUUUGAAAAAGGUUUAUCCCCUAACUCAAUAGCAACAUACGUGGCAGGGCUAAGUCACUUUAAUAAAUUGAAAGGUUUUUCAGAUUUUGGUGAAAGUUUUAUUGUUAAAAAGCUGCUAGAAGGUUGUAGGAGAUCUCGAACGCGCAAAGAUUUGAGGGCCCCCAUUACUCUAGAUAUGUUAAAUGUUAUUGUAUCCAAAUUGGCAUUAGUUUGUUUCAAUGCCUACGAAACUUGUCUCUUUAAGGCUUUGUUUCUGCUUGCAUUUUUUGGUAUGUUCAGGGCAAGUGAACUGGUGGUUACUAAUUUGUUGGAACAAAACAGACCAAUUCAAUUUAAUGAUGUAUCAUUUCCAAGCAAUAGGAAGGUGAAGGUUAUCUUAAGAAUAACAAAAACAAAUCAUUCUGGCAUUCCAACUACCUUAAUUAUUCCUUGCGAGGAAGAUUGUAAUUUUUGUCCAGUAUGUGCAUUGAAAUCAUUUUUGAACAUGAGACCUGCGUGCACUGGACCCUUGUUUAUACAUGUCAAUUGUGUACCAGUUAAGAGAUGCCAGUUUUCGGGAGUAUUACUCAAAUGUUUGCGUUUAACUAAUUUUUCGCAUGAAAGGGUAUUAUCUCAUAGUUUCCGUAUUGGCAGGGCGACACAGCUAGCAACAUCAGGUCUAUCAUCCGAGGCUAUAAUGAAAUUAGGACGUUGGCGUUCCUCAGCUUACAAGGGCUACAUUAGGUAUUAGACUUGGUGAAAGAACCAAACCUGGUUUAUAUUUUCAAAUUGUUAGUAAUUCAGUUUUACUUGAUUAUGUAGGCAUUUCAUAUAUUAGAACAAGUAACUACAUGUACUGCAAAAGUUUAAAAUUUAUUUCAAUAUAUGAAACAUUUAACUAUUUUACUGCAGAUA